UGAACAUUAAUUGUUUCUUUUUUGGGUGCCAAGAAAUACAAGGAAAAAAAAGCACUUGGAUGGUUUAGACUUUUGAUUCAUUGAAAAACAAGAAAGAUAUCACAUUUUAUUCCACAAAAAGAGGGAAAAGAAAAAUUUCAAUCUAAUAUAAGUAAGUUGAACAGUGAGCUAAACAGGUCAAACAAAUUUUCCUUAUCAUGUGUAAUUCUUUCAAACAUUAAGCACAAUAGUAAACCACCUUCAUUAUUUUUCACUCCAUCCAUGUUUCCUUCCUUUUUUUUUUUUUUUGAAUGAAAAUUACUCAGCAUACUCAUCAUCUAACUUCUCCCAAAAUACAUAUCAGAUGACUCACAGCCCAUAAAGCCAUUUUCCACGACUCACAAACACACACACACACACACACACAUUCGUAUCAUCCCUUUUUUUCCUCAUCACACAUAAUGCAAGCAAAGAAGAAAACAGAACUCAUGAUGAUGAUGAUGAUGAUGAUGAUCACGAAGAUGAAUAUUUUCAUGAGUUUCUUCAUCGGUUCAUCGAUUAUCAUCAUAAACCCAACCUCAGCUUCCACGGACAGCUUCAUAUACGCCGGCUGUACGCAGCUCAAAUUCAGUCCGGGCACCGUUUACGAGUCAAACGUAAACUCGGCCCUCACUUCCUUAGUCAACUCCGCCGUCACCUCAAACUUCAACAACUUCAAAGUCUCCCUACCGGGGUCCUCCCAAAACGACGUCAUUUACGCCCUCUACCAAUGCCGGGGCGACCUCAGCACCUCCGACUGCUCCUCCUGCGUAGCCCAUGCAGUCAGCCAACUCGGCACCGCCUGCGUCUACACCUCCGGCGGCGCGUUGCAGCUCGACGGCUGCCUCGUCAAGUACGACAACGUUUCCUUCUUCGGCACCGAGGACAAGACGGUGGCGCUCCACCGGUGCGGGCCGUCCAUCGGGUACGACUCCGACGCGUUGACGCGCCGGGACGCGGUGUUGGGGUACCUGACGGCGGGCGGCGGCGGCGGAGGCCAGUAUUUUCGGGUGGGCGGGUCCGGGAACGUUCAGGGGGUGGCGCAGUGCGUGCAGGAUCUGAGUGGGGGCGAGUGUCAGGAUUGCUUGUCGGAUGCGAUCGGACGGCUGAAGAACGAGUGCGGGAGCGCUGCGUGGGGGGAUAUGUUCUAUGGGAAAUGCUACGCGCGGUACACGGAGCAUGGGUAUCACGCGGGCGGUCAUGACAAUAAUGAUGAGAUGGACAAGACUCUUGCAAUUAUAAUCGGAGGCAUUGCUGGAGUCACUUUGCUUGUUUUUCUCUUGUCCGCUUUCAAUAGACUCAUAGAGAAGAAAGGUGGAAAAUAGGGCACUGAUCAGGAAUUCUUCUGGUAAAUAUUUGAUUUUGAAGUUUGGAGAUCUAUUGCUUUCCUCACUCUUUCAUGGCCCCUAUGGCUUUCCUUUUAUGUCGUUCUGUCCAUGCUUUUGUGAAGUUUCGCCUUCCUUGUAAUUGACUUAAAGGUUAAAGGUACAUACAAAAUUUGAGGUUUCCAGGAAAUAAAGGAAACCAAAGAAGCCUAGAGAUUGGUACCCACCCGCCCCACCCCCACCC